CUUUAAUUGGCUUUCUGCCAAACUCGUCAAGUAUUUGCUAUAAGAUGUCAAGUAUCAAUCAGUCGUAAUAUGGAACCUCUGUCAUACUCUGGUACGCCAAUCGCUACUGACGCACUCUAACAGGUGGUUGAGAGAUCAAAGCGACUACAACAAUGACUCAAUCUGAAAUGAAAACAUCUUUGAAGGAAGAGUCAGCCCAUAACAACUCUCAUGACACAGGACACGAUAAUAGCGCUUCUUCUGGAGUAGCUCACAGCGGCAGCCUUGCAGCUAACGAGCUUCCAAAAGACGUGCAUGUUUCGGGUGACGAUUGGAAAGCAACCAAGGACCCCGACAGCGACAUUGACGAGGCAGACGACACAGUGGACUUGUCUUGCGGCAUCUGGAAAUUUCGAAGCACUGUUUUGGGAUCAUGGUUUUCCAAUCUGUACACAUUCUCUGUCGCUGUGGGACUGUCAAGUCUGUUUGCGUAUAUGUCCAAGAAAAUAGUUUCUGUCCAGUUGGAGUCUCUGGAGAAACAAUUCAAUAUCAACAACACAUACGCAGGAUUUUUCGAGACUGCUUCUAGAGUUGGACUUAUCGCUACAAUUUUGUUUGCGGGUCAUUUCACACGAAAAGCCCACAUUCCUGUGGUGAUUGGGACCGCUGGUAUCAUCCAGGGAUUGCUACUCAUUGCUCCAGCCAUUUUGCAAUUGGCUGAUCCAUAUACACUUCCGGUUUUGAGCUACGUGAAUCAAAGUAACGGUUCCCACGAAAGUGACAAGUACAUGUGUGGUGCCACAAUUAUAAAUGAGACCGCAAACGGCACAACCUUAUCACCCAAUACCAACGAAAAAGAAAUAAGUCAUGCUGCACUUAUUCUGGUAAUGGUAGUUUUAACUUUAAAAAGUGUCACGGAGUCUUUCCACACUUACUACCUCCCGUCUGUAUACGUGGACGACAAUAUGCUGGACAAAACAAAGAUGUCUUUUUUUCUAGGUCUUCGUUUCCUAAUUGAUGGUAUGUCUGGACCUCUUGGCACAGAGCUCAAUGGUUUUCUUACAGAGAUACCAAUCGAUUUGAAAAAGACAGACAUGGAUACAAAGGAUGGCCGAUUUGUCGCAGCCUGGUGGUUGGCUUUCUUAGUGUGUGGAGCCGGCCUUGUUGUAACUUCUUUUCCACUGCUGUUGUUUCCGAAGUCCUUGGUUUCUGAAAAGGAUAAACUUCGAGCGCUGAGAAGAGCAUACACUGGUGGUGUACUGGAAGAGAAAGAAGAGAAACCAAGUACCUCCGAGAAAAAGUCGUCAGUACCUAAAAUAGUAUUAGAGGUAGAAGGUCAAGGAAGCAAAGAUAUAACUGACCACACUGACCGCUCUAAUGGUCAUCAUAAGCACGAGAACGAGAGAAAAGGCUCAGUACAAUCAGUGAAUGUACCAAUGAUCAGAAAGUUGAGCGUAUUUCCUCCACUGGAAGGCCCCACCGAGAGAAAGGUCAGCCUAAGCGGUGAGAUUGUUUUUGACCAACCUCUGAGCCCAAAGGUUGAUGAAAAUCAAAAUGAAAGCACACUAAUAGAACUGAUAAAAGAUUUACCCAGGUCUUUCUUACGGUUGAUCAAGACUCCUAUGUUUGUGCUAAUCAUCAUCGACAUCUGCGCCAUCUCUAUGCCUCUGUCUGGAAUGUACAUGUUCAGGAACAUCUACAUAACUAUGGAAUACAAUGUACCCAUGUCAGAAGUAGCAAUGGCUACAAGUGUGACGUCAGCAGUGGGGACGGCGGGAGGGACUAUCCUUUCCACCUGGUUGGCCUCCAAGGCCAAAAGUAAACUAGCCUUACAGUGGAUCAUCAUGGGAACGUACUUAAUACAAGUGGCGGUCAACCCUUUGUUCUUGAUCUUUGGCUGUGACAACAAAUCUGUUUACGGUGCCAGUGGAUCAAUUGGUCUCCCCAUCAACCUGACAGCCGGCUGUGACUGCAGCAACAGCAAACAGCUUCUUUCCUGUGGAGAUGACGGGAACAACUACCUGUCUCCAUGUCACGCGGGCUGUACAGGUGUCGAUGGCAAGAUAUUUACAGACUGCCAAGGAUUGGUGAACAGUUCCUUUGGGACUUCAGUGACACCUGGUCUCUGCUCCACAGACUGUCAUGACAACUUUCUGCUCUACGUUAUACUUCAUGGUGUCCAGUACUUGGUAGAGAGUGGUACCAUGAUACCUAGGUGGUUACUUAUGCUAAGAAUUGUUGAGCCCCAAGACCGAGGAUUUGCCACAAGUUUCUUCAUUUUCUUCUACAACAUCAUGAGUAUCCCGUCCUCCAACGUGUUUGGUCAAUUCAUAGACAACGCCUGCUUUAUAUGGGACGGUCAGGUGUGUAACCUGUACAAUCGUGAUAGCAUCAGGUAUUUGAUGUCUGGCAUUGACGUGGGAGUGAACGUCCUGUCCAUAAUGACCAAUCUACCUAUGCUCAUUAUCUUGUGGCUGGAGCUGAAGAAAACGAAGAGAGAUAACGAGAACGACGAUGAAAGUAAAGAUAAAGAAAAGAAAGCAAAGGAAGAUAUAAAGGACAAUUCCAAUUCACAAGCGGAGAUAUACACAUAUUAAAAUAAUUAGCUUUUUUAAAAAAUAUUUAUUUUGUAUUUAAAGUGAAUGCUAUGUGAGACUAAUUCUAUGAAAGCUAUCAAGGACUUUGACUCUGAGAGAGGAAGAAUGGGUCCGGACGAAAAUAAGUGUAAAAUUUCAACACAAUGGAGACAAUGGCUAAUAAUGAUUAUACUAUAUUUUAUUGAUCAUCUUUAUGGACCAGUUUUAUUGUUUGUUAACAUAAAAGCUCUAACUACUAAGUAGUUGUUAAAUAUACAUGAUUUUGUUACAUAUUUCUUAUCUGUCCACGGCAAUGUCAGGAAAAGUUGGCAUUAAGAUAUGUUCUCAUUAAAAUGACUUAGAAUGUUAAUAGUAUUGCUGUGUAAUUGUGAGUUUAUUAUUGUAUGAUUAUGUCAAGGUAUGAUUAUGAAUAAAUUAUUAGAAUGAA